UGAAAAGGAGGUGCGAGUGUGCAGUGCGUGCAUUGGGUUGUAUGCGCGCAAUGGGAGCCCCCCAUAGGGACUGGUAUGUCGUGAUUGAUGAGUGAGUGAGGGCUGACUGUCGGACAGGCGACGCAAACAAACGUUUGAAAAAAAUGCCAAAAUUUUUGUCUUUUGUUUUGUUUUGAUUUCCGCAUCAUUUGAACGACGGUUUCGUUUCGGCACUCAUUAUACCCUUUGAAAGCAGUUGUUGUCAUAAAUCGCAACCAAAUAAUGAUCUUCUCGUGGAUUUGUGGCGCAAAAUGAGUCAAUCUGUGAGUCAUUUGCAGUUAUCAUCGCUUCAGCAGACAAUCGGACACAACAUGGGAAUCAACUCAACGCCGGCGCCCGUCGUCGCCGUCAACCAAACGCCGGGCCAGUCGUCGACGACGGGCGGCCCACCGACGGGGGGUGUGUUGGCGGCACCACUCGUGUCGUCGCAGCCGUCAUCGGCGGUCAACACCGCGGCCAACGCGACGAACAGCAACCAAACCAUCUGUUGUCUCGUUGAGGACCAGCAACGGUGUCACCGCAUCGCCGGAAACGCCUCCUAUUCCAAGCGGAUUGAGAAACAGGUGACACAACGGAAGCUGAGACUCACUUUGGAUCAGAGAUCCAACCACUCGUACAUCUGUGAGCACCACAAACAGAUGAUCCAAUCCAUGAGGACUUCCAAUAAGCGCAAGCGUAAGGACUCGGAUGACGACAAUGAGAUGGUUAUCGAUACGGACGGACAUACGGGUGGUGGCGCUCACGACGUGGACCUACAGGCGCUUCAAGUGAACACUUUGAGGCGGUAUAAGAAGCACUACCGCAUCCAAACCCGGCCCGGGAUUAAUAAAUCACAAUUGGCUGAGACACUUCAGCGACACUUCAAAUCGAUGCCGAUCUACGAGAAGGAGGCCAUCACUUACUUCAUAUAUAUGGUUAAGUGUAAUAAAAACAAAUUGGAUCACAACAGCACCGGCGCCGCCAAACACACGGCAUUGGCCUCCGACUGACUAACAGCCGCCGGUCCCCCACCUAUCGCACCCAUAGCCCACUAAAUCGACACUUCAUUUCUUCUCACAUGAAUUCUUCAGCUAUCGGUUCGCCUCUUGACUUGAGAUCGCUUUUCAUUAUAAAUAUAUUUUUAUGUUUUUAAAAGCGAACUCCAAUUAUAAGAC